GUUCAAUACAAGCUUAAAUUAGCCUUGAAACAAAUGGCUGGCACUCCAGAUUGCAAUGGAGCAAAACAUGGAGUGGCCCAAACAAAUCGCUUUGUGUUGCGCUGGUUUAGUUUGGGCGAGGGGCCGCAAGAAACGAAACUCAAAAGCACAACUGUGGCGGCGCCCGCGAAGCGCUCAAAGAUGAUGCGAUCACAAAAGAGGGCUUUGAAGACAAAAACAAAACUUCAGGAAAGCAAGGGAAGGGGCGUUAACGACGGAUUAAAAGCGGCAGCAGAAUCCGAGAUGGAACACGCGGCAGUGACCGUGAAUUUAAUCAGUAAACGUGCAAACAGUGAUGAAGAAAUGGAGUUAAUUGGAGAGGACAUCGAGGGCGAGGAGAGAGAAGCAGCAGGAGGCGAGGGAGACGAAAAUGGUGAUCACGAAAAUAGCGAUGUUGAAACGCUGGAUUUCUUGACAGAAUUGUCCAGUGAAAUGUCUGAAGAACCAAUUUUGUUGCCCAAUAUUUUAAUCCCCUGUACAAAGUGCGGUGACGUGAUAAACAUCUGUCGACUGCAAAGGCAUAGGAAUGUACACACCGCGUUACAAACUCUCAAGUACUCACAGAAUCAGAGGCCGAAGAACCUGAACGCGUUAGUCAGAAGGAGAAAACUUCUGAUAAAACAGCAACAAGAUGCAAGUUCGCGAAACGUGCGGGAUCCAUUUGGAGACAAGCAUUUGCAUAAAUUAAACACGGCCUUUGAGAUUUUGAAGCUAGAGCUUGAAGGCAACGUGGAUGCGAGAUGUCUGGGUGAUCAAAAUAUUGCAGGUUUGCCUCUUGUGUUUACUAAUAAUAUAUUUUUAACCUUAAAUGGAUCUUUGGAGACCAAGUGGGAUGAUCUAAGACAGGUUUUUAAAUGCUUAGCUUGAAAGCUUAACUCGUUGAUCCAGAAAAACACUUAACGCUGUAGGCUGUAAGAAGAUUCUCGCUGGAGUCAAUUUCACACCGACAAAGGAAGAACACAAAGAAAAAGAAUUAAUUAACUUAAUAUCCUGGGACAACCAUUUAAAGUACUCUGUGUAAUUGGUUACUUGGGAGACAGUUUUUAGACUUCAAAGCGCUCGGUUUGCCUUGACGAUUUGAGUUAUGAAGUUACGUGAUGCAUAAUGGUCGUAAUGGUAUUUGCGUAACCCUUAUUUUAAAAACAAAACAUCUUCUAUGUGCCCUUUACACCCCAAGAGGUGUUAACUCGGAUUAAAACGCAUGUACAACGCAAAGUCAAGUUUAGUACAACAUUUAAAUGUCAUUUGCGAAGUCAGUCAAGCGAACCGUCCGCACAGGCUCUCAGAGGCAACCUCGUUCUUCAGAGGCUCAGCUCUUUACUCGACUCGAUCUUACUCUAGCGGCGAAAACUGUUUUUUUUUUUUGGUCUUUAUUUGCCUGCUCCCCGAAAUUCGGUUCAACUACAAUUGCUUCACACAAUUUCAGGUUCAGUUGGGUGCCUUAUUGAUGUGUACUUAAUUUCGCUCCUGAUUUCGCUGGUCUUUAAUUUCGCGUUUAUCGGGAUUUGAAAAAAAUUGCAAAUUAACCCGCGAAAAAAAUUCCUCGCGAAAUUUAAUGCCCCCUUUUUCAUAUUUUCCUACGCCAGUAAAGAGAGAGUCGGUCGAUCGAUGACACGGUUCAGGUAAAGCAACUGCUACUUUAAUGCUACUGUAGGCACAACAGCGAAAUACAGGACAAACUCAAGAGCGAGACACGAGAGCGUCUAGGGCGCGUGUCCUUAUCUACAGUACCGCUGACCGGUACUGGCGCUAUUUAAAUCGAGAAAGUAAAAUCCCUCGAAAUACUAGCUGUCUCGCCAAAACGCGAAAUUAAGUUCUCGCGAAAUAAAGUACCAGCCCCCAAAAUGAUCCCCAAUAAGGCAAUACCCUCUUUUUUGUUAGAACGUCUAAUUUACGGACAGAAGUUGAUCGUUCUUAGUUGUGUUUAUAGACUAAAAGCGAUUCUUUCAAAGAGAAAAAAGCAUGAUCAGUAUUUAAUAAUACAAUAACAACAGCAGAAAUUUGUUGAACUUUAAAUUGUCGGCCCUUUUUUUUCAAGUCGCAAUCCAUCUAUAUCCUCUUUGAAAGCCAAAGAAACGCACCUUUAGUUUUGUAGACUUGCCACAGGUCGUCCUCACGAAGUUCAUUGCAGAAAAACGUAAACCGAGUGGAGUGAACAUUUUAGGCCUCCAAGCAGUCGGACGAGCGACAAAGGCCUUUUUUCAAAAGUCAAAUAGUUUUGGUAAGGAGUAUAUAGUAACAUCGUUAUCUUUUGAUAGUAAUUUAUAACAAGACUGAUUUUUUUUUUUUCGCUUUUCUUUGAUUCCAGAGAUAAAAGUUUCAGGUGAAGGUUUUGAUCUCUCUUGCACAACAGCAGCUGGGGUUUGCGAAGAAGCAAACAAGAGGUGGAAAAACAUGGAGGAUGUGCACAUCUAUAAGGACAACUUCCUCGACCACAUAGACAGCGCAUUUUUCGCGGUUUACGAUGGUUACAGCGGAAAACACACGGCGGAAAAGUGUAGCCAGCAUCUUCAUGUUUAUUUAAAAGAAGAGCUCGACUCUGUUAUAACUCAUGAACAAGCUACGCCAACGCGAAAACAAGUUGCUGCGGCCUUCAAAAGUUCCUUUUCGAACACUGAAAGACUUCUGGUACUGUCCGAGGAGGAGCGGUCACAAAGCAGAUGGAGUGGUUGCUCAGCAGUAACGUGCGUUUUGACUCGUGAUAUGUGCUUCAUAGCGAACGCGGGAAAUGUGGGUGCUAUUUUGUUACGGGAUGGUGACAUUGUUAAAGUUCUCACACACAAGCAUGACUUGUAUAAUAAGAAAGAACGCGAUCGAGUGAAGAAGUCAAGCGGUGUCAUCGUUAAGACCGAAAAGUGCGCCCUUAUAAAUGGUGCCUUAGGUGUGACAAGGGGCAUCGGGAGCAUUGGAGAUACGGACUUAAAGAGAUGUGUUAUUAAUGAGCCUGGCGUGAAAAGCGUUCCUUUGGACCCCACUGAUCAACUGCUCGUCAUGGCUUCGGGGGGAUUUUGGAAGUUGUUUUCAUACGAAGAAACCGUUCAUUUGGUCAACGGAUUUUUCGGACAGAUGAAAAAGGAAGCAAAGAACGAGAUCAUUGGAGGCAGACAAGGAAAACAAAGGACAUCCAAAACGGGCUCUGGAGACCUAACGAAGGAUGCAAAGAGCCCUCAGAUCUUUUUAAAGGUUGUAGAUCCCGACAAAAACAAUAACGCGUUUUUCGAUCACGGUGUAAAGACAGGAUAUUUCACGACAAGCGAAAGACAAAUAAGUCGAAGCAGAAGUGAAGUGAAUUUGGGGAAGCUACAAAUGCACCGCCAAGAAAUAAAUUUUGCUGAAGAACACCACCUUUCAGCUAAAACACAAGAAACAAGCGACACUAUUGAAACGAAAGAAAUCAGCGACAAAAACACAGACACGAACGAUGAUAUUUCUUCGAACGACGUCACACUAGAUGACAUCACACUGAAAUAUCUACGUCAUCACCGGUUUUCUCUCCCUGAUAAUAAAACGUUUCAAGCGCUGAAAGAUUUUGGAGGAAAAGAGCUAACUAAGGAAGAAAAAGCGCGAUUGCUGGCUAAAUGCCUAGCGGAGAGGCUUGUUAAAUGCGCGCUAUAUGCAGCGUCUAUGGACAACGUGACUGUGUUUGUUGUUUUAUUGCCUGGAUUCUCUAUGGUUAACUGGCCGAUGGUUACACCGGAGGUUCUAGAGGCUUUAGAUGUGUUUGUAAACGAGGAUGAUCUGUACUAG